UGUUUAGUAGCACCCUGUCAUGCUCCACAAGUCUGACUGACACGACGGCAGAUGUCCUUGCUCGUCGGAGGAGAUGAUAUCUUGCCGCUUAUCAUUACCCUUUUGGUGGCCAUGUGCAGAUGUCAAGGUACAUCAGACGCGCUCAAGCCAGAGUUGGUUGGCUCUUACAGUAACACCGCCACUGACGGUCUGACAAUAGACGCACCUUCCGCUUGUCGACCUAUGCCACGCAUCUCCGUGAGCGGGUCAGACGCCCGUGGUGACACAGAGCUCGUCAAUCUAAAUCCAAUCGACAGAUACGGUGUUGGAGAGAAUCCACACCCCGUGCCGACCCGAGAAUCGUGCAACCACGGCGCUGGUUGCCAGCCCUGCACUUGCGGCACUCCCCAUGUCUGGUGCGACCGCCCGAGGACCGUAAUCGGCCAGGUGCAGAAGGCGAUUAUCGGCCUGCCUGUCUGACGGACAUGGCUGCCGGAUAAUUCUGGGCUGCUACCCCACAACACGCGGCGG